GGGGUUUGUUUGAGCGGCUGCGACCAGGAUCAGAUCCGCUGUGAGUGUAGAUGGGUGUGUGAGACUCCGAUACCCCGCAAACCGCUCAAAAUAAACCCGGGGAGACAUUAAAGCACAUAUACGGCUGCCUCUCCGCCGGGAGAGGAGGAGCAGCGGGAGGGUUUUGCUUCCUGGACAGCCUCUCCGAACGGGUGAAUCGAGCCGGGCCAUGGCGCGGGAUUAUGAUUACCUCUUCAAGCUGCUCAUCAUCGGCGACAGCGGUGUUGGCAAAAGCAGUUUACUGCUGAGAUUUGCUGAUAACACAUUUUCAGGUAGCUAUAUCACCACGAUCGGUGUGGACUUCAAGAUUCGCACGGUGGAAAUAAACGGGGAGAAAGUCAAGUUGCAGAUUUGGGAUACAGCAGGACAGGAGAGAUUCCGGACAAUCACUUCCACGUACUAUAGAGGCACUCACGGGGUUAUAGUGGUUUAUGACGUCACCAGCGCAGAGUCGUUCGUGAACGUCAAACGCUGGCUUCAUGAAAUCAAUCAAAACUGUGACGACGUUUGUCGAAUAUUAGUUGGUAAUAAGAACGACGAUCCCGCCUCUAAAGUGGUGGAGACCAAUGACGCGCAGAAGUUUGCUGAGCAGAUGGGCAUCCGACUGUUUGAGACCAGCGCCAAGGAGAACGUCAAUGUUGAGGACAUGUUCAACUGCAUCACUGAGCUGGUCCUGAAGGCACGGAAAGAGUCUGUGGCCAAACAGCAGCAGCAGCAGCAGAGUGAAGUCAUCAAACUGAGUAAGAGCAGCAAACGCAAGAAGAAAUGCUGCUAAUGGACUGGACUCAGAUAUAUGUAUACACACAUACAUGCACACGCACACACACACCCUUAGAGAGCCAAUCGACAAAACGCCACUGAACUGACAAGAACCAGACAACUUAACACAUUUAAACUACCCAUGAGAGACUAGUAAUGAGAGAGAGAUAUCUAUAGAGAUUUACUAAUGAUGAGCCUGUUUGGAGUUUUUUGGGAGGACGCUGGGAGAAGAUGUUUUAGCAGGAUUGGAUUCCAGUGGCAUCACACUUCAUCCUUGUCUUUAUUUCCCAGAAGAUGCUCGCAGAAGUUUUAAAAGAGAAUGAAAUGUUUGCAUCUUGCAUCUUCGUCAUUGUUUCACAUCGCUGUGGAAUUAAACCAACAAGGCCAAAUGUGCGACUGCAGUGUUAAUGUGACGUAACCAACCGACACCCAUCAGGACCACGUAUAACAACAUGAAUUUUCAUGCACGUCGUCACGGACGGACGAUCUGCCCGUUAUGGACCAAGCGUGCGCUGCUCUGCCAAACUCCAAGAGACACUUGUUUUGCCUUUUGCUUUCUCUUUUGUCUUUCAUUUUUGUAAAAUUGUAUUUUUUUACUAACAAAUUAUACAAUCAAACACACAGUAGCGUUUAGUGAAUCUGGUGCCAUUGACUGAACAUUAUUAUAUUUACAAAGCUGGGAGGAAACGCUGAAUCUCAUGUGCAACACUGCGUGAAAGCGCGGAUUUAAAGGAAUAGUUAAUGCAAAAAUUAAUUAGCUGAAAAUGUGCUCACCCUCAGGCCAUCCAAGAUGUAGAUGAGUUUGUUUCUUCAUCGAAUUGGAGAUUUGCUCACCAAUGGAUCCUCUGCAGUAAAUGGGUGCCGUCAGAAUGAAAUUCCAAACAGCUGAUAAAAACAUCACAAGUAAUCCACACCACUUCAGUCCAUCAGUUAAGAGGCAAAGGAUGAAACAAAUCCAUCAUUAAGAUGUUUUCAACUAAAACACAAGUCCAUAAUCCAUAAUAAAAGUAUAUAAAAUUGGUCUGGUCUGAAUCAGGAGAGAAAUCUGCACAAAUCAAGCAUUUAAAAGUCAAAACAGGCGUUAAUUGAUGCACUGGAGUUGACUUUUGGAUUAUUGUGUUUUUAUCAGCUGUUUGGACUCUUAUUCCGAUGGCACCCAUUUACUGCAGAGGAUCCAUUGGCGAGCGUAAAAGCGCAGAUUUAAAUAAAUAGUUAAUGCAAAAUUAAUUAGCUGAAAAUUCCUUCAGGGCAUCUAAGAUGUAGAUGAGUUCAUUUUUUCAUCAAAUCUGGAGAUUUGUUCACCAGUGGAUCCUCUGCAGUGAAUGGGUGCCGUCAGAAGGAGUGUCCAAACAGCUGAUAAAAACAUCACAAUAAUCAACAAGUAAUCCACACCACUCCAGUCUAUCAAUUAACAUCUUGAGAAGACAAAAGCUGAAACAAGUCCUUCAUUAAGAGAUUUUUUUUUAACUAAAACAUGAGUUGAAUCAGUGAAUCAGGAGAGAAAUCUGCACAGAUCCAGCACUGUUAAAAGCCAAAACAGGCGUUAAUUGAUGCACUGGAGUUGACUUGUGGAUUAUUGUGAUGUUUUUAUCAGUUGUUUGGACUCUCAUUCUGACGGCACCCAUUCACUACGGAGGAUCCACUGCUGAGCAAGUGAUGGAUUGACACAUUUCUGUAAAUCUGAUGAAGAAACAAACUCAUUUACAUCUGGCCGCAACUUUUUCUUUUUGGGUGAACUGUUUUUUCAAAGGAAUAAUUCAUGCAGAAUUGCCCAUUCUGUUUUCAUUUACAUGCCCUUAUGUCAUUGCAAACUAUUUAGUUUCCUCAGUGGGUCACAACGUGAAAUGGAAGUGUGCGUUAUGAUGCUUUCACCCAAUGGAGAAGAGCAGCGUGAAUGUUCUGCUAAAUGUCUCCUUUAGUGUUUGACAUUAGGAAAGGGUUUGGAAUGACAUGAAGACAAGUAAAUGAUGACAGAAUGAUCAUUUUAAUUGAAUUUAUGGUUCUCAGUGCUGGUUAGAGUAUAAUCUCUUCAUAUUUUCCAAUUUGAAAGAGAAAGUGACCUCUUUAAAGCAAAUCAUGUGACUGUAACCUGCUGUAUUUGACUCCUCAGAUCUUCUGAACGCAAUCUAGUUCCUUUUCAGCAGGAAUAUCAAAACACCAGCGGCACUUGUGACUGAAAAUAUCACAUCUCGAAGAACCGAGUGUUGCGGGUGACGUUUUUGGACCCUGAUGCAUGAUUACAGUGACAGACUGUGGGAGAAUGAUUCUUGCUUUGAGAUGUUCACAGGGAAUCUGCGACAAAUCCUUACGAAACCACCGUUGUGCUAAUUUAUGUUCAUAUCAUUGAACGUCUGCUCUCUAUGACGCACCUACACGUGAGCGAACACGCAUGUCUGCAUGUGGACACUGACACAUGCGUCUGUGUGCUUCUGUUUAGUGUAAUGAUCUGGUGUACACUGGAAAAGAUGAACUGUUACUCAUAUUCAUUGUCCCAACACAAGUCUAACGAUAAUAAACAUUUUAAGAGAACAAAA